AUGUGUCAGCAGAUAUGCGAUCAUUUUUUUGUAUGUGACGACGUUACAGUAACUGUAGAGGUACGUCGAUUGGAAAUGGAUGAUUCAGAUAACACUGUAAAAGAGGCCCUAUCUCUGGCACGUCAUUGGCUUGAAUAUGCAGAUUGGCAAAAGGCUUUUUUAUUAUUAUAUAAAGUAGCGAAGCUAAUAAAGUCAAAAGGACGGCUUCUUAACUUCAUUGAUACAAUUUACGUUUAUGAACCACAAACAACAGUCCAGCUCGCUCACCUCGUUCGCCUUACAAAGAGGGUUGUUUUGUCCUUGGAACCACUUGAUGACAUGGAAGUUAAUGUAGUUGCAAGAAUGCUACAAUUAAUUUCCUCCACCUUUAGGUUAAUAAUUAAUAGUAAUGAACUUAAUACUUUAAUGGAUAUUUAUUAUGAAACGAUGGUGAAUGAACUGUGCGAUAUUCUUAACAAAUUGAAUACAGAGUGGGAGUACAUACCGAAAUCUCAAUGUCGUGCAGAAUCUGAAUCUUGCCUAAACAUUGAUAACUUCAGAAAUAGGCUUGAGCAAAUGUCUGUUCUAAGACCUCAAGGUUUAGAGCAUAUUAAUAACUGGUUACAUGCUUAUUAGAAGUUAAGCAGCUGCCUAUUUUAUAUGGGAAUGGGCACAGCACGCCGUCUUCAUCCUGAGGAAGGUCCAAAACUAAUAGAGCGAUCUACAUUUAGUAUGCGUAUGGAAAGUUUUGACUUAGACCAAGAUAGAAGCAUAGAAUUUCAAUCCGCGGAUUCUAUGCAUACUCUUAUUUUUACUGACAAACUUCUUGAUGAAUUAAAACGACGACUUCGAACUGACGAAGUGCUAAUUUCUAUACGAAGUCACAAGCAAAGUCAAUACUGGUGGUAUCCUGAGCAGGAGUCCCACACUCAAGUACUCGUAGUUAAUGCAUAUACAAUAAAUAAUAUUUGGAAAAAAUCUCAAGAGGUUGCCGAACCAUUUCAAUAUAUUUCAAAAUUGAAAAUGAAUUUUUCGGAAGGUGAUUCAAUAAAUGAGCCGUCACGACAGAUCUUUAAUCGUGGUAUAGACUUUGAUGACCCUGAGGAAGAUAUCGAAAAUGUCAUUCAUGAUUGUGUGUAUACUCCUUUAGAAGUUCGUAUGUAUCGAACUGAACUAUUUGGUCAUUCAGUUCUCGGAGUUACUUUUACUCAAGCGGAUAUAGAUUAUUGCGUGCUAAUACGGAUGACUAAUAUACCAGAAUUAAAUGAAAUGGAAAGAGAAAGCUCUACUUGUCUAGUGAGAGCUGGAGUCCUACAAUCAACCACUUUGUUAUUAAGGAAUCGCUGCGAUAAAUCUCAGCCUGUUUAUAUUUAUCUUCGCGGUGCUAAUAUAUCUGAACCGUGGAAUAACUUUUUCCAUUCUGGAGCUUUUUUUGCCUUCACCACUGACAUACGUAGUUGUCGAAUUUGGAACUAUGCUCGACCCGAACCGAGAUGGCAAAACUUUGCUUGCAUGCCUGAAUUAAACAAAAGUAUAUACUUUGGAAUACAUUGUCGUUGUAAUUAUAUUAGUGACUUUGAUGCAGAUGGUAUGCCAAUAAUUGUAGUCCCAAUGAAUUUAAAAUGUCACCUGGAACGGCCUAAAGUGGGCCAAAGUUAUCAAAUAAUAAUAUUCUUUUUCUCUUUAGCUUCAUUUGUAAUAAUAUAUAUAUUUUAUAGCAUGCAAUCCGUUUCUGAUUGGGAUAAAAACUUAUAUACUGAACUAUAUCCAAUAGGAGGAAAAUGCUACCGAGGUGAUCUUGUUUUAAUGUGUACUUUCGGAGGAAGAUAUAACGCUGGUACAUCAGCAAAUAUUAUAUUUGCCUUCAAAUUUUCCAACCAAACACGGGACAUAAUAGUAUAUCAAGACCCAGUUUUUAAAACAUUCAAAAGAAAUAGUACAAUAUCUUUCCGACUACAAAAUAUACAUUUCAGUAUACCAACUGGAAUUGCUAUGUGGCACGAUAAUUCCGGAGUUUAUCCACAUUUUUUUUGUAGAAAUCUUGUUCUAUGCGAUAUGCAUACUAAUGAGGGCCAGUUAUUUUCAAUUCAGCAGUGGAUUCAAUGUUAUAAAGUGUUAACUGUUUAUAAAACGGCAAACGCAUUUUCUCUGAUAAAUACCGAUAAUGGAAAAAUUCAUUCCGGUAAGCUUCGGUUCUUACACUUAUUUCAACCAAUUAUUGGACCAUGGCGUUUUGGAACAGAGAGACUGGCCUUUUGCAAAUGGGAAAGAAGUUGCAUUUUUAUAGCAAAACUUUUUAUUGCUAUAACAUUUUUAGUACUAUUUUUCGGACGCACAGAACCAAUGGCAUGCGAUCCUAGUCCAAAAAAAUAUAAUGACAUCGAUGUAGUACUUCGACUAUGCUUUAGCUGUUAUGUAACCAAUUGUAUUGUACAAGCAUCAUUGGAAACAGCCUUCAGAGCGAUUGGAGUAUACGAUUUUAUUUAA